AUGGGGAGGAGCGCACGGCUGUUCGUCUUGCUGACCUUCGCCUGUGCAUUUUCUUCCUGCUUUGAUGAAGUAGCCCUGGGGGUUGAACUGUCUCCAGAAACCACAUCCUUAGACGACUAUAUGGCUACUUCUGCUCAGCCAGUUUCCCUGUAUCAUUCUUCACCCCAUCAAGGCACCACAGUUAAUUUUAACAGCACAGGCUCUCUUAAAACAACACCCAUAAGCCAUGGAACAGCUUUACAGACAACAGACCAGCAUCAGGUAACAACAGCACCAGGCCACCACACAACAGCCCAGGCAGGAGCAACCACCACAGAAGUGACUGGCCAGACGUCUCCCAUAGUGGUGUCCACAACAUCACCAGAGAACACAACUGCAGCUGAUCAGGCUACAACCCAGGCAAUGGAAACGGUUACACCUGCAGUGAAGAACACAACCCUACAUCCUAUGUCCUCAGCCAACCAAUCCACAACACAUGUAAGCACAGAAAUGACAGCAGCAGCCACGAACACAACCAGAAAUUAUACAACGCCAAAUACACAAAUGACAGCUACUUCCAUAACUACUACAGCCACCUCCAUGCAGACUGUAAAGCCCACCACAGGGUCAGGAAAUCAGACAAUGACGCCUAAAAGUCCAACACCCACAGCCAUGAUCAGCACAACCACCACUCGUCCAGGAACUCAAACGACCAUCCCAGCUACUAUGACAACAGUGAGACCCACUCUUGCACCACAGCCUUCUUCCAUCCCCACUGGCACAUACACCGUCUCCAAUGGGAACAGGACCUGCAUCAAAGCGGUCAUGGGCUUGCAACUGAUGGCUCAAAAUACACAAAAGAAGCAGAUGGAGUACAUGGCUGUCAACCCCAAUGCAACACAGAUAUCUGGAAGCUGUGGCACAGUGCAGUCUCAGCUGAACAUAACUUUCAGUGGAGGGUUUAUAAACUUCUUCUUUUUAAAGCAAGCUCCAACGUACUGUGUCAGUAAAAUUGAGACCAGAUUACAGUUAUCUUCUGAAGGUAUGAUUUACUAUGCAGCCAUACAUGAGAAACUGUUUACAACAAAGCUGGGGAAUUCCUUUAAGUGUGCCAGCAAGCAAAUCUUUGGCUUGGAGAAGAACUUCCAGCUACUCCUCGUUAAUAUGCAGCUGCAGGCGUUUGAUAUUGUUGGUAACCAGUUUGGAAAAGAAGAAGAAUGUUUUCCUGAUAAAAACAGCAAAGCAGCUCCCAUCGUGGUGGGCCUGAGUAUCCUGGGAUUGUUUGUCAUUGUGUUUGCCACGUUCCUGAUUUCCAGAAGAAAGCCGCAUAGAGGAUACGAACGUAUCUGA